AUGAAGUGUACCGGCCAGAAAUAUGCGUUAUCAGGAGACGAGACGUGCCAGAGUUGCUCAUUUCCAUACAUGGUCCGCAAUGAAGACAACUGGUGCACGUUGCUUUGGUUUGUGCUCUGCGUGCUCGCAUUCGUCCUUGCAGUGCUUUUGUUUGUCGCAAUCUUCGGGCGCCUCCGACUAUCCUGCCUCAAAAGGCGAAUCACGGCCAUGGUCGAGGGGAAGAAUUGGCAGGAGCUCUAUGCUGCCAAAACGAGUGUGAGGGAAUAUGGCAUGUGGAAGAACACGGCCAAGGGCAUCCUGGCCACGAGCAGGGCCAAGGUCAAGGCCGAGUCUUGCGCGCUGGGGAUCUCACUGCAGUACGCCUUUGAAGAGCUCGAGCAGGUCUACCAGGAGAAGGCGCAGCAAGCCGAGUGGCGGUGGAAUGGUUGGCCAUCCACGCGCAGUGGCUACCUGGUCUAUGCCCGCAACAGCGAGGUCUCUGCCAAUGAUGCCAUCACUGCUUGGACAAGAAUGUCGACGUGCGAUCGUGGCAAGCGUUCUGACGUCGGGCCUUUCGCCCUGGGCAAGGACCAGUGCUGCCCACGGGAUGGCCGUGCUGAUUGCAGCGUGGUGGACGCACUGCGAUCGCAGGGGCAGAGCGGGAGGGCUACGUGGUUUAUGUCUUGGGCGUGGUCGUACCAGUUCGCGACGGUGAUCAAAGCCUUGAAAAGAUGGUGGGCCAAACACCAGAUUGUGUCGGGUGAUGGCUGCAGUGCCAGCAGCAUCUACAUUUGGUGGUGCGUCUUCGUGAACAACCAAUUCAGAAUGUUAGAAGAAGGCAUUACCGAAGAUCCGGGUGACCUUUUCGAGGUCUUUGGCGGACGGCUGACGGACAUUGGCAGAAUGCUGAUGUGCAUGGACAAACUGAGAGAUGGUGGCUGGGCCAUAUACCUUUGGCAAAACUUCUUUUGCGAUGGUGCAUGGUAA